AUGGAAAUACAACCUGCAACAACAAAAUUAAAUCAUUAUUUUUCUUUCAAUUUAAAAGACAUACCUACAACAACAACCAGUGAUAAAGAAAUUGAACGACGCGUUAUUGAUGAAAAAAUUGAAAUAUGUUUAGAGUGUAAUCACAGCAGUAGUGGUAAUAAUAAUACCAUUAGUGACUUGAAAACAGCAAAACACUGGUGUAAAAAAUGUAAUUCUGAACGAUUUCAAAAAAAAUUAUCAACUUGGACUAGCAGUAAUAAAGAAAUUGAUCAUUACAUAAAAACAAUACAAUUUUCUGCUACUGAUCAUUCCGAGGUGAUUGAAUGGAUUCCAUGGAAUCGUUUUACAGAUAUUAGAACAAUUGGAACUGGACGUUUUGGUGUUGCUUAUUCCGCAAUCUGGUUAGAUGGAUACAUAACAGAGUGGGACAAUACAACACAAAAUUGGGCAAGAAGCGAUGUUAAAACUAAAUAUAUAAUUAAAUUUUCUUCUCAUAAAAAUGGUGUUGAUGGAUUAAUUAGAUGCUUUGGAAUAACCCAAAUUCCAGAAACUAGAAAAUAUGGAUUGGUAAUUCGCUGUUCACAAACGGAAAUGCAAUCCUAUUUAUAUGAUUCUCAACCGUACAUUGAGCAUGACUGGAAAACAAAACUAGAAAUUUUAGCGGACAUUGCAUUGACUAUUCAUCGUCUUCAUGAGAAAAAUUUAUUUAAUGGAAAUCUUCAUACUGUUGCCACACAAUUGCCGCCAUUUGAUUUGGAUGCUCAUGACAUAUCACUUGCUCAACGUAUCUGUUGUGGACUUAGACUUCAUAUCAACGCUACUGAAAUGCCAAAUUCACUCGGUAAACUGAUUAAUCGAUGUUGGGAUGCAAAUCCUGUCAAUCGACCAGAAGCUGAAGAAGUUUAUAUCUGGUUACAAUCUUGGCUGGAUUUGUGCAGUGAUCCGGCAACAUCAUCUGACAACAUAGGAAUGGAAUUUCAUAUCAACGAUUAUGUAAAAAAGAAAAAAAAAGGAAUCGAAUGGAGGCAUCCUAAAGCCAUCUAUACCGACAGAGUGUUUGAAUUUAACAACCUUCCUAAACCGAUUAAUUUUUCACCAGAUACUUAUCAUAAAUUAGUUUAUCAUUAUUCAACAAUCGAUAAAAAUCAAACUAUUAAAGAUGAACAACAUCUAUCAUUAUCACGUCAACCUUCUGUUUAUUUAGAAAGCGUUAAAACACCAACGGUUGUUAAUACAAGAUUCUCUGCGCCAUCAUUAUUACCACCUACCACCACCAAAAUUAUUUCUACGCAAUAUAACACUUCACCAAACACUGCGCCACUAGAUUUCACAAGCAACAACAAAUUAACACAAACACCAAUGCCAGGUACCUAUAUAGAUGACGAUCAAUCUGAUUGUCUUAUUGGUUGGAAAGAAAUUGAUAAAAAUAUAUAUAAUAUGGUAAUGGUUGUCAUUCCUGAUAUUAUCAAUAUUGCAAUUCCAAAUUCUGGAAAACUUUAUAAUAAUUUACCAAUUCAUAUUAGAACAACGGGAUAUUACCAAUGUCUUACAUUUUUAAGUAUUGUAGUAGCUCUUUCGGCUAUAUAUCAAAUAAGUCAAGUAAAAUUGUUAUUAUCAGGUUCAAAAUGGCCAGAAUUACCGGAUUUACCAUCCUAUGAAGAAAAAUUUGACACAGUAAAGGAUAAUAGUGAUAAUAAUAAAAACAACACUGCUAUACAUUUUAAAAUAACUGUUUGGAUAUAUAAAAUAUUAAAUUAUGUAUUGGAUUACACUUUAAUUGGAGAAAUUUCAAUAAAUGAAAUAAUAUUAUUGGUGAUAUUUAUUACUUUGAAUCUGAUAUUUUUAUAUCUACCAUUUCAAGAUGGAAUUAGUACGGUGCCAGAUCUAUAUAAUAGAAGUGCAUAUAUAGCAUUAGCAAAUGCAGCAUUUGUAUUUCCAUUGGCAACGCGUAAUUCAGUAUUUGUAGUAUUAUUUGGGGUACCAUUUGAAAGAUUAAUCACAUUUCAUCGAUGGGUUGGUAAAACAAUUUUUUUGUUGUUAACAUUUCAUGGUUCAUAUCAAAUGCAACAAAACUUCAAUUCAUUAUCACAAAUAUUUUUAGAUAAAAUUAAUUUAUGGGGAUUUUUGUCCUAUGUUUCAUUGUUUAUAAUAUUUUUGACAUCUCAUCCAUUAUUUCGUAGACGUUUCUUUGAAUUUUUUUAUUGGUCACAUUUUAAUUUUAUCUUUUUUGUGAUAUUCGGCGUAUUACACAAUGAUAACUUUAGCACAUUCACUUGUGUCGGUGUUGGAUUAUAUGUAAUUGAUCGAAUAAUUAGGUCUUUGAUAGGAUAUAAGGAUGUUAAAAUAAUAUCGAUAGAAGCAAUGCAAGCCAACGUAACAAAAGUGGUAUUUGAUUUCAAUUAUUAUUACUCGGCAGGUCAAUAUAUGUUUAUAAAUAUACCAAAUUUAAACCAACCAACAUCAUUGAUUGCAUGGCACCCAAUUUCAUUUUCUUCCUCCAAAAGUAUUAUCAACGCGCAUGACGAUGAUCAUAAUAGUGACAAUAAUAACAAUAUGGCAAGUUUUCAUAUGAAAUCUCAAGGAGGAUUUUCUAACCAAUUUACAGUCGUGUUAAUUGGUGGAGGAAUUGGAGUUACUCCUCUGAUUAGCAUAUUAAAUGAUUUAAUUAAUAGACAACUUACAAAUAUUCCAUUAAAAACCCAAACAAUCCAUUUUUGUUGGUUAAUACCUCAUUUAGAUUCUUAUAGUUGGUUUGAACUUGAAUUACAAGAAUUAAUAUCAAAGAGUCGAGCAUUACCAAAUAACAAAUAUUUAUUAAACGUAAAGAUAUUUUUGACUAAAUCAACAACAAUAUCAACACCACUGUCUUCAUUGUUCUUCCUCGGUAGACCUGAUUUCAAUUUGUUAUUACGUGACGUUAAACAAUAUAAUGUGGCUGGCGAUAUUGCAGUUGGUGUUUGUGGACCAGCUAUAAUGAGGAGGAAAGUUAGAAAUGCUUCUGUGAUCGAGAGUGAUGAAACUUGUUUAUUUAAAGUUCAUUAUGAAACAACUUAUGUAAUAUCAAGUAAAAAUCCAAAUGAAGCUUCUGUAUCAUAUGAACAUGAAAAGGAUAAAAACAAAGAUGAAAAGAAUAAUGAAAGAGAAGAAGAUAUAAUAGAGAUGGUAGAUGUAGAAGGAAAUGAUGAUAAAGUUGAAGUUGAGCAUAUUGAUAAAUCAUUAUAUCCAGAAUUAUUUCCAGAAAAAAAUGAAUUAAAUGAAUUAAGUGACGAAGAUGGAAAUAAUGAAGAUGUAAAAGGUGCCAGGGAAGAAGAUUUUACAUGGUUUGUUGAUCCUAAAUAUGAGAAUCCUCAAGAAAAUGCUGUCGAUGAUGAAGAUUUUAUACCAAUGUGGCAGCGUAAAGCAUCUGUAGUUGUUUCAGAUCUGUCAUCAGCAACAUCAAAAUUUGAAGGGGAAGGAGGAAAACAUUUGGAAAUGGUGAAAUAUUUAGAAGAUGAAGGCAUUGAAAAUAUUACAAUUAUUGAUGUUAGUAAGAAAUCUGAUUUUGCAGAUUGGAUGAUAAUUGGCGAAGGAAAAAGUUCAAGGCAUAUGGGUGGCGCAGUUGAUGGGUUAUAUAAAAUGUUGAAAGAUAAUAUAAAGAAACAAAAUUUAGAUGCGUCCAAUUCAUCAUCACUAAGUUAUCCAAUAGUGGAAGGAAGAGAUUCAGAUGAAUGGAUGUUGAUUUAUACAGAAACAAUAUUUGUACAUUUAUUCACACCUGAAGAAAGAAAAUAUCGUAAUUUAGAAAAAUUAUGGGAAUCAAUUCCCUCAUAUAAUGAUCUUAGUGAUCGUGAUAAAAGGAUAAGCACUACCAAAGAUAUUAUGAAAGGGUUUAAAGGAUUCAAUCCAAAAUUCAUGAGAGAUAUUUCAAGUUUAACCGUGAAACCAGAACCAUCUCACCUUUUCAAUGUACAGGAAGGGGACAUAUUUCGUGAACAUGUAAAAUACCUAGUGACUGAUCCACCUGCUAUCUGCUCAAAAUGUGCAUUACCAAUUUCAAUGAUUGAUUUGGAUGAUGAUAAUCCCUAUUGGAAAGAUCUUAUAGAGAAAUACUUUGGGCACCCAACUGGAGAACCUUUUAAAUCCAUGUUAUACAAAGAUUAUUUUGAACAAUAUAAGAUAUCUUUGUCACCAUUAAAUUCAACAAAAUAA